CCUUGAACAAUACUGAAAAUUUUAAGUAUUUUGUCCAAAAAUCAAUGUGAUCAUUUCAGGGAUUCUCAUUAGGAACAUACAUUUGCAACAUUUGAAAAAUAUUAGACCAAAUUACCUCAAAUUCAAACUUGAUCUCAUGGAUCAAGAAUAUUUUGCAGUGUAUAGUGACAAACAGGUGUUAAGGAGGUUUUUUGUUGCAGUUUAGAGUUUUAGGAGAAAAUAAAAUAAAAGUGCCUUUUACCGCGGGGGCCUUUAGCCCCGUUGUACCCCUACAUACUAUAUACUGCGACAAAAUGUUAAUAAUGAAUAAAUUCAUUAUUUAUACAUUUCUGAUUUUACAGUACACGUCUAAAAUGUAAUAUGUUGCUGUAGCAACUAUGAGACUGUUUAUAUUUACUAUCUGAAAUAACCAGCGAACUAAUGUGAACAAACAGACGUUUGGCAUCACGGAGCUCUAAAGGUUGGCAUUGUUGGUUUGUCAAUUGGUAUUCAUCACACGUACUCACUGGCAGACUGUUGUUUUGCGACUCCUGUCGGCUGGUGCGCGAGGCGCAGCGCGAGACUCUUCCAUCUCACACAAGGAACUCUAACUCGUUGUGUUGUCCACUGCAACCGACACACAUUAUCGCUGUCAUUAUUGCCUUUCAGCAAAGUGAAUCGUGGAUUUUAACGGGUCGCUCUGCAGGGAUGUCGAAACUAAAGCUGAUAUCUGCAGAGGACACUCAAUACACCACAUCACUUUUGAAGUCCAUCAAUGAGCAGCGAAACAGUGGUUUAUUUUGUGAUGUCACCAUAAUUGUGCAGGAACGCAAGUUCAGGGCACACAAAGUUGUGCUGUCUGCUUCGAGCACCUAUUUUCGCCAACUUUUCUCAGUUGCUGGACAACUUAUAGAGUUAAACUUCAUCAAGGCAGACAUAUUUGAGGUCAUCUUGAAUUACAUAUACACAUCUAAAAUAUGCAGAGUUAGAUCGGACAGACUUCAGGAUCUCAUUAGUGCCGGUCAGAAUUUGGGUGUGAAUUUUCUCUCCAAUUUAGGAACGCCACUUGCACAAGUCAAGGGAUUACCUGGCUUGUCCAAAGAAGGAGACAACAGUGUUAACUGCACUGAGAAAAAUGGUUCUGAAACAGAGAAUAUGCCAAUCAUUACUGAGACAUUCUCACUUUCUGCUGAAGAGUUCAACAUGGCAAGCAGUAAUGCAGAAAAGGAAGUGGACUCGGACAAUGAUGACAUUCUUUUCGUCUCAAAAACAGAAGCCUCACAAGCUCAGAAGAUCAAGAUAUCAGAAGUUAAUGAGGGAGAGCCAGAGGCUAAAAAACAAAAAGUCACAAAUGAAGAAGUAAUUGGCUCAAAAGAUUCAGCAGACCAAGAGAGAAAAGACAAGCCUCCCUCUGAAUGUACAGGACCAAAAAAUAUGUCACUCCAAAACAACCUUCAGCCCCAGCCAGACAUAGUGCUUCUCUCAAGCCCUGUGAUGUCCCCAGAUGCCAGUAGCAAUGUUCUCACUUCACCUGUAAGAACCAGCUCAACCAGUGAACCCACAACCCCUGCAUGCAUGAACAGCCUCACUCCAGAGCCUCACAACACCUCACUGCCUCUAGAAAACAAUGAGGUGCUUGGUGUGCAAAAGAAAGCAAUUCUUCUAGAGCCGUCGCCAGACAAAAUCAGACUGUCGGAUGUGAGAUCAACCUAUAGCACAAAUAAUGGAACAGGAACCGGAAUAAACGUGGUCCAAGCAGUUUCAGCAAAAACGACAAUAACUUCAGACAAAGCCUCAGAAAUCGAUUCGUUAUCAACGGGGUGUAAAGUGUAUGCCAACAUAGGUGAGAACACCUAUGACAUCGUCCCACUAAAGGAUGACCCAGGGGAGGGAGCUGCUCCUGGUCGAAAAUCGCAGAUACCACCUAGUGCCAGCAAUGCGUCCGGUAACUCGCCUCAAGGGAAGAAGAGAUUAAAGCUGGAUCAGGAGGAUCACUACGAAAUUGUCAUGGAUGGAAAAACUUUCUAUGUGUGCAUUGUGUGUAAGCGUCCCUAUGUGUGCCGGACAAGUCUCAAGCGUCACUUUAACACUCACUCGUGGGAAAGAAAGUAUCCGUGCCAUUACUGCAGCAAGGUUUUUGCCCUGGCAGAAUACAGAACCAAACAUGAAAUCAGUCACACAGGGGAAAGACGGUACCAGUGUUUACUGUGCAAUGAAAUGUUUCUCAAUUAUCAGGUUUUGUCAGGUCACUGCAAGCAAGUUCACAACCAAGACCCUUCAGGACGGAAGCAGAAAGAUGACACGGGCAACAACUUGUAUCGGCUACUGCCUUGUAAAACAGUGCAGUUCAAACCGUAUUCCUUUGUAUCUGAGGAAUCGGUGGGGAUUCCAGUGAUCAACGAGGAUGGAACUGUUCAACAUUUAAACCCCAAUGAAGAGCACUUUACAAGUGAGGAGCUUCCAGCUAGCCAAAGCAAGGCACUGGCCUGGAGUGACAUCUUUGCAGAACCUGAGGCAACUACCAGGCCAGAAGCUCUUGCUCAGACACCUCCACGAGGACCACCACCGCAAAGAGCACUGCCACAACCGGUCAACCAAAUAAAUGCUGAAGGCACGACAGAAUUUGAGUUUGUUAUACCAGAGAUGUACUGAGCAAGCUUGUUUGCUGCUCUGGCUCAGGUGCCUUGUUUGGGGAGGGGGGGGGUUGAUUCUCUGGACCAGUUGAUUGAAGACUAAACUCCAGUAUCCCAUCAACUCAAAAAAGUAGUUUCAAAGUGCUUUUUGUUCUUGUUAAUGUACAUUUAGAAUCAUGUAAUACUUAGCAUUGCAGUUCAGUUUCAACUCAGCUCGAAUCUUAAUAAUGCUUGGUCAGAUAACACAUGGUUAAUUAAAUAGAUAUAGGUUAAUACAUAUUUUAUGUACAGCUACAUUAGACCUGUUGAGCUAAUUUAGCAUUUUCUGUUCCGUUCUGAGAACAGUACAACAAUGUUGUUUGUUAAUAGUAGGGAACAAGUACAGACAAUUUGCAAAUACAGUUUGUUAUAUUUUUUUUUACAGUUACGUAACUUUAAUGUGUAAAUGGUUUUUGGGAGAGUGUUACGUAAAUAAGCCCAAGUCCAAAAGUAACAGUGUUAUACCUAAAUCAUCAUACUGACAAAAAGAGAUGGAAAUUAUUUUUUUUUUCUAGUCUACUUCU